AUGGCGCCCGGCUCGCUGAGGUCUUACGGGACAAUUAUUCGUCAACUGCGAGCUAUUGGCUCGGAUGAGUACUCUUCCGUGGCCCUCUACAGCGGGCCUCAUGGCCUCGGCCGGAACGUUGAUGACUACGGAUAUGUGCUGCUGGUUGCCAUCAACCCCGGGACUUGGUAUGCAGAUUGA